AUGGUUGCCAAAAAUAAAUAUUUUGGAGAGGAAAUUGCAAAAAUUGUUCAAGAAAAGAUUAUCUCAUUUUAUACAAAAGAAUAUAAAAUUAAUAAUAGAAUUAAAGACAAUAAUUUCUUUUUGGAAAGAUACAGUAUGUUAUUAAGUGAUUUGCAUUAUAUAGCCCCAGCAUUUUGGGAAUUAAGACUUAAAAUUGAAUUUAAUUGGCCAAUUUAUUUUUAUGAAUUUGCUUGGAAAGAAUCUUCGCUUUUUCCAGAAUGGGUUGAAGUUAGAGAAGCAUUUCAUAUGUUAGACCAUGAUUUAAUUUUUGGAAUCGGAAAGUUUGCACCUAAAAGUGGAGAGGCAAAAGACGUAGCUAAUUUAUUGAGGGAAAUUAUUGUUAAUUUUGUUAUUAAAGGAAAUCCAAAAAUAAAGAAUUCAAAAAAUACAACAAUUAAUUGGAAUAAAGCAACAAAAAAUGACCCUUCUCGGCAUUUAUUUAUUAACGGAAUUAAUCCUUUUAUUAAAGAAAAUGUUUAUAAUACUGAAUGGGAAAGAUUACAUUUUUGGCAUAAAUUAACAGAAACACACCAAGAAUUUAAUUUAAUUAAUGGGGUUUAUGGAAAGAAAGUUAAGAGUAGAAAACAUGACGAAUUUUAA